AUGGAAAAAGAGGGCAUUAAAGUUGUUCCAGUUUGGGUCAAGAUGCAUGAUGUGCCGUUAGCGGCAUUUACCGAGGAUGGUCUUAGCUUGGUCGCUUCUAAGAUUGGGAUCCCUAAGAUGUUGGAUUUGUAUACUGCCACGAUGUGUGCUGAGUCUUGGGGAAGAAGCAGCUAUGCUAGAGCGCUUAUUGAAGUUCAGGGAGGGGCUGAGUUAAAAAAGAGUGUUACUGUUGCAAUCCCAUCUUUGGAUGGUAAUGGUCAUUCAAAGGUGGAGGUCAAGAUUGAAUAUGAUUGGGAGCCUCUAAGGUGCUCCUCUUGCUGUGUGUUUGGUCAUGAUGAUGGCUCGUGCCCACUCGUGCCCAAAGAACCCUCAGGGGCCAAGAAGAAGAAAGUUAAUAACCAAGGCCUCCAUAUGAAAAAUCAGAAGCCUAAGUUAGUUUACAGGCCAGUUGUCAAACCUAAACCAAAAUCUUCCUUAAGGAGUCCGAUGAAUAACCAGGUUUCAACGUCAAACCCGUUUGACAUUCUUAAGGAUGAUGUUGGAAAUCAGGGAGGUACCACUGUGGGUCGAGUGGAGAAGAAAAUUGCGCAGACCAGUAGUGACAAGCAGGAAUCGGAUGAGGAGGAGGACGUUGAAGUUUAUAAUGAAACUAGUGAAUUUAUGACCUCGGGUACACAUUCUUCUUCUUCGAGAGCAAAGGCUAGCACCUCUUCCACAAAGUUCUCCAAUGGAUAG